AUGCCGUCAAUAUGCGAGGUACCUAUCUCAGAAGCCUCCUGGGUAGCGCCGGAGUUGCGCUCUCGCACGCUGUCGGCGCAUACAGUCAAACGAAGGCACAAGCGAUUAUCUGAUCGGUCAGGGAAGAAGCAAGAGUCUGAAGUGUCGAGUCAGGAAGGCUCUACAACGGCAGCGCGCAGACUACAGGGAGAGAUCGUGUUCACCAGCUCUGGAACGACAUUUAGUUCUGCGCGCAUAGAAAGAUACAUCAGACCAUUGAUCAACCUCCUCCUCAUGACGGCAAUCUCCCACCUUCUCAUUUUACCUGAGCUCGUCCACCAAUAUCAAACCCUCUGCAGCAUCGAGACAGUAGCAGCCCUCUACCCGGCAAGCUGCGUCCCACCUUACCCACAACCACCAUCUGCAAACCCCCAAAUGCAGUCCCACCCCAACUCCAUCCUAACCUCCCAAUCUCGCCUCGAAACCCUCUUCAACACAACCCUCACCCAAAUGUCCAUCUUGCAACCCACCCUACAACAAACAGAGUCCCUCCUCCGCGAUCUCCACACGAAUCUCAAAAAGGCCUACCCGGCCACCAAACACGAACUCGACCUCGAAUUCGCCGGCUGCACCCAAGCCGCCCGCACUGCGACGGGCAAGUUCGCCUCCCUGAAAGCAGACAUCAACUCCGCAAUGGACAGCCUCCUCGCAACCGCAGCCACCGACGACACCGCCGGCCGAGGACGUAGCGGCUCUGUCGCACAAGACGCCAGGCUCUCGACCCAAGUCGCCCGCCGCGAAGCGUACCUCGACCAGCUGACGGCGCGCAUGCAGUCCAAGGCCGAGGAGCUGUGCGGGGACUUUGCCACGCUGGACGACCAUCUCGAGUCUAUCCAGGAGAUUGUGCAGAGGGAGAUGCGCGCCCCUUCCUCGUUUGACUUGGAGACAGCCGCGGGGAACGGGCCUAGCAACGACAACGGCAAGGGUAUUUGGGCGUUCAUCGAGACGGUCGUGCCAUUCACCGGCAGGAGAUCUCCAGCGCAUAGUGAGGAGGAGAUCUCGGAGUCCAAUAUGCGUGGGAACACGAAUCUAUCUGACUCGCUUCGGCAGGCGACGGAUCACCAUCGGCCUGUGGCUGAUUUGAUUCGGAGAUUAUAUACCGAUCUACAGAACCUGCAGAGGAAGAAAGGGAAUUUGGUUUAA